AUGUCAAACAAAGAGAACUUGUCACCGCAAGCUGAAGUUGGCCGCCAUCUGCGAGGCCUCACGCAUAAUUCGCCGCCUUUCACUCUCCUGUCACCGAAUGCCAAACCUUCGCUGGCACGCCAAAGAGACCACUCAGGCUGCAGAAGAGCGGCAGCAGAAUCGCCAUUGAGAGUACGCAAGACUAGGGAGAAUCUCAAGGACUCUGCCAUCUACACCGACAUUCCACCACCAUGCCUCCAUCCUCCUGAUGAGCCAUGCGACGUCUCGGGCACCACCCUCGGGCAGAAUGACCUCCGCGAUGUUGGAGCCACAUCACCAGCCCCCGCACCAGGUCGAAUGACGAGGACAAAGUCGGCGAGCAAACGCAUGCUUUCCAGAGUCAAAGAUGGCAUCGUCCAGCGCUCUCGCAGUACGCACUCCAUCCGGGCGACAGAACCUGAAAGCAGCCUCAUAAGGCGUCUAUCUGGAAAGAAGCAGCGUAAUGUCGACGACAACAGCCGGUUUCGGAGCUUCGAGAUCAGCAGAGACUGCACUGAAAGUCCAGAUCCUUCCACAUCGCAGCGCUCAUUCACAGACUCCAGCAUAUCUGUAGGCGAGCUUACGGGCAGCACCACACUGAUCAGCGAUCGGUCAGUAACGCCACAGAAGCAGAGAACCCCGGAUCGGCGUUCACCUGCGAGAUACCUGUGUCCUUCGCCAGUGCAACGUUCACCAACACCAGAAGCCACACCUCGAGCGAGGAGGCCUCAGCUGCUGAUUAAUAUCGCUGAAGAAUCCCCUCGAGCACAAUUCACCGUACCAUACGUUGACCUGCAAGUUUCCCUAGACCGCGACUCGGUUGAUGUAGGCUUGGCACGCGAUAUUUGGGUCGCAAUCGAGGCCACAGUCCGUCACAGAACCAUCGAAGACACGGCGGCGCAGGUUGGCAAUAAUAGGGAAGAUGCAUUCACGGCACAGCCUGUUGGCAAGAUCAGCAGUGUUCGCCUGUGCUACAAGGCCAUGAAUGAUUGCAGGGUAGCCGAAGUGCUCGGACAAAAGGCUGCAAAGGACCUCGAUAUCGGACAUCACUGCUCUCUGUUCCUGAAGAUGCACAUCCCACGGAUGGACAUCUGCCAGCCCGACAUAACCGACGGUAGUCGAGAUCAAGACCUCUUGUUCUUGGAGCUCGAAAGCAUGCUAGGGGUACUCGAGACCAAGAUCCUCCACGUCGAAGCUAGAUACCGCCACACUGCACUUCCGUCAGACAACGUCGUGACCAUCCGCCAAAUCCUCAGCAUCAAACGUCCUAAGACCGACUCCCGCUGGAGUAUGGUCGGAACAAGCAGUCCCUCACCGCCACAACUACCCAACAAGACGGCACAAGCUACUGGCAGUACCUCCGACAGGCCUGCCGUCAUCAUCACCCCAGCAGCAUCGAAACCCACCACAACGAUCCUGUCGACCAAAGCAAUCUCAGCGCCGAAAGUGACCACAGCUAUCAGCAUUGUGUCAUCCGAGACUGAUGCUCACGAUGCUGCACGCCAGCUUUGGCGGCACAUUCGACGCAACUCACUCUCCGCACAACAGCUUCUCGAAAUGUCGCCUGAGAAGCUCGCGGCUAGCGACGAGACACUAAAGGAGCUGCGCAACCAAGCGCUUGCCAACAAGCGCAGUGUAGGCGCCGAGACUCUCAAAGCAUGGCGUUGGGACGAGAGAGUAGGGGCUGAGACGCCCUGGCUUUGA